GACUAGUCAGAAAAUAAAGGGGGAGCUUAGGUGUUGCGCGGAUUCCCGUUCUUGGACAUUUUUCUUCCACUAGGAAUUUUUCACAAUCUGGCGGGGUGCCCUUUCUACGCGAGGAUAUAAUACAAACAUCAAUCGACUGAAGGACCCCCCCCCUUUUUUUUUUCUUUUUCAACUGAGAUAACUGCGUUUCAUCGUGAGUGAAGACAAGCGAACCAUUGAAGUGAAUCAGCAGCGUUCGUGUUAGCGGAAAGAAAACGUUUUUCAAGUUUCAUUCUGCGGAAAGUUUUGGUUCUGAUUUUGCCUGUUGGUCUUGAAUUUGCCAUGCGCGCUCUAUUUCCUGGCCAGGUUUUGGGGGAAAUACUACAGCUUGUUGGCUUAACUUCCAAACUUCCAGCUCCUUCAUCACGACUAGAUCGAAACUGUUCUCCUUUUUAGGGGCAAGGGGGAACUUUUUUUUACUGCCUCCAAACCUUGCUCCGUAUUGUUCUUAUCAAAAGCAACGCUGGCCGGUUGCCAGUGAGAUCAGCAAAUGACCCGCUGCUGAUGCCCCAAAGUUCUGAAUGGAGUUCCAGUCGCAGAAAAGCCAACAAUUGUAGCUCCCUCAACAGGAUGCUGAUGAGGCCAGGCGUGCUUCUGUUUCUUGCCCAAAUUUUAACGACACAGUGCCGCCCUGCCAUUCCUGAUGAAGUCUCCGUGGAAACACAAGCAGAACUUUUCACCCUCUAUCUUGGGGAUCGUCUGGACCUAAGUUGCUUCAUUAAAGACUCCCUGCAUACUGUCAACUGGACCAAAGACCAUGUGGUUGUAGUGGAUGGAGAACACACACGAAUUCGCAAUGGCCAGCUAGAGAUUGAGACAGUAGAGCUGGCAGACUCUGGCUUGUACGCAUGCAUGACGUUUGGCAACCAUAGUGUCUUUUUCAACGUCACAGUUGACAUGCUGGCUUCGUCUGAGGAUGAUGAUGAGGAUGAGGAAUCUUCUUCAGAGGAAGCAAAAUUAUUAGGCAGUCAAAAACUACUCCCAAUGGCUCCACAGUGGGCCCAUCCAGAAAAAAUGGAGAAAAAGCUACAUGCUGUCCCUGCCAGCAAGACUGUCAAGUUCCGCUGUCAGGCCAGUGGGAACCCCACACCCACAUUGAAAUGGUACAAGAAUGGAAAGGAGUUCAAAAGAGACCAUCGAAUUGGGGGGUUCAAGGUACGUGACCAUGUUUGGACCAUCAUCAUGGAAUCUGUAGUGCCCUCCGACAAGGGAAACUAUACAUGUGUGGUGGAAAACCAGUAUGGGAGCAUCAAUCACACCUACCAGCUGGAUGUUGUCGAGCGCUGUCCCCACAGGCCCAUACUGCAGGCUGGCCUGCCUGCUAAUCGCACUGCAGUGGUGGGUAGUGAUGUGGAGUUUGAGUGCAAAGUAUUUAGUGACCCUCAGCCUCACAUCCAGUGGUUAAAACACAUUGAGGUCAAUGGAAGUCGCGUUGGUGCAGACGGCUUACCGUAUGUCCGUAUCCUCAAGACCGUUGGCCUUAACACCACGGACAAGGAAAUGGAAGUCCUGCAACUGAGAAAUGUGUCUUUUGAUGACGCUGGGGAGUAUACCUGCUUGGCGGGCAAUUCUAUCGGGUUCUCUCAUCACUCUGCAUGGUUGACCGUAUUUGAAGCUGUCCCACACUAUCCUCCGGCCAACCACACUUAUCUGGAGGUGGUCAUAUACUGUGUGGGCUUCUUCUUCAUCGCAGUCAUGGUUGCUAUCGUAAUUAUUGUGAAGAUUCGCACCUCAUCCAAGAAGAGUGACUUCAACAGUCAGCUGGCUGUCCACAAACUGGCUAAAAGCAUCCCUCUACGCAGACAGGUAACAGUAUCUGUGGACUCAAGUUCCUCCAUCCACUCUGGUGUGAUGUUGGUUCGGCCUUCUCGCCUUUCCUCCAGCGGUUCGCCAAUGUUGACAGGGGUGUCUGAAUAUGAACUACCUCAAGACCCCCGCUGGGAGCUUCCACGAGAUCGACUCAUUCUUGGGAAGCCCCUGGGCGAAGGCUGCUUUGGUCAGGUGGUGAUGGGAGAGGCUCUGGGUCUCGACAAAGAGAAGCCAAAUCGUGUGACAAAAGUUGCUGUGAAGAUGUUGAAGUCUGACGCCACAGAGAAAGACCUGUCGGACCUGAUUUCAGAGAUGGAAAUGAUGAAGAUCAUUGGGAAACACAAGAAUAUCAUAAAUCUGCUGGGAGCCUGCACACAGGAUGGUCCUUUGCAUGUGAUUGUGGAGUAUGCAUCCAAGGGCAAUUUGAGGGAGUUCUUGCGUGCACGGCGCCCUCCAGGCAUGGAGUACUGUUACAAUCCAGACCAGGUUCCUGUUGAGAACAUGUCCAUCAAAGACCUGGUGUCCUGUGCCUAUCAAGUGGCCCGGGGCAUGGAGUACCUGGCUUCCAAGAAGUGCAUCCACAGAGAUCUUGCUGCUCGUAAUGUUUUGGUAACUGAGGACAAUGUAAUGAAAAUAGCUGAUUUUGGCCUGGCUAGAGACAUACACCACAUUGACUACUACAAGAAGACCACCAAUGGCCGUUUACCAGUCAAAUGGAUGGCUCCUGAAGCAUUAUUUGACCGAAUAUACACUCACCAAAGUGAUGUCUGGUCAUUUGGCGUUCUGCUUUGGGAAAUCUUUACCUUGGGAGGCUCUCCUUACCCUGGCGUCCCUGUGGAAGAACUGUUUAAGCUGCUGAAGGAGGGUCACCGCAUGGACAAGCCUUCCACAUGCACUCAUGAGCUGUACAUGAUGAUGAGAGACUGCUGGCAUGCUGUGCCCUCCCACAGGCCCACAUUCAAGCAGCUUGUUGAGGACCUGGACCGGUGUUUGGCCAUGACAUCCAACCAGGAGUAUUUGGAGCUAUCUGUGCCCUUGGAUCAAUACUCUCCCAACUACCCUGAGACUCGCAGCUCCACUUGCUCUUCAGGCGAGGACUCGGUCUUCUCCCAUGAUGCCGGUGCUGAGGAGCCUUGUCUUCCAAAGCUCCCUCCCCAUUCUAACGGGGCAGCCAUCAAGAAACGCUGAUACCUCAUCUCCACAGAGACACACGUUGACAUUUCCUCUGCUCCCUGCUUCCUGGGGUUGUGGACUCUUCCCCUACAUUCCCAGAGAUGAAGCUAAGGACCAUUGCUGCUUGAUGAGAUAGGAGCUUGGAGACGCCCCAGAGUACUUGUUGGAUUGAAAGGACUGCAGUGUGCAGCCACUUCCCGGUUCUUGGUGGAAUUAAGUUUACAGGAGACUUUCUGUUAUAAGGCAUAGAAGUUUGUCAUGAUGUCAGAAAUGGGUCUCCCAUUCCCAUGCAGCACAGGAGACUCAAGAAUUGACUUGGAUUGUGUCGGGCCUUUUUUUUUUUUUUUUUUUAAUUCAUUUAGUUCAUCGGGACAGCAUUUUGCUUUACAGACCAAAUCCAGAGCAAAUACUACCAAGGAACAUGCAGGACCAUGGUACACUGCAUCAUUUACUAUAUAUUUGUGUAAAUACUGCUAGGAAAAAAGAAAUAUAUACCAAUAUAUAUAUAUUUACACUAUACUCUUAUUUUUAUCACCAUAAUAGAUUUUUCUCCUUUAGAAGGAUAUUUGUUGGAUCCAUUCUUGAGUAUAAUCUGUAGGGGUGCUAUCACAUGACAGUUUUUACUUUCCAAGUUUGAUUGCCUGCUUUAAUAUCAUAACCAACACUAGAAAACAAACCGUACAGGAUAUUUCCCCCUUUUUUUUAAUAUGCGUUUUCAAACUACAUCAUGCAUAUCAGUGUAACUCGAUAUUUAAGGGUAUUGGCCCGCACCAUAAUAUGUAUGAUAGUAUGAAUGUUUGUGUGAGUGAAAAUGAAAUUGUACACAUCUCUUCCAGUAACAGUAAACGCAUGGUUCAUGUCCAUUUUCCAAGUU